AUGUACCAGGCCGGCGACAGAACAUAUGCUGUGGUGUACAACAUAGGCGACAGUAAAACAAACACAACCCUCCAGAGCCAGUUGACGGGUAUCAAAGAGAAGCGCAAAAGGGCCACGGUGGCGGCGGCCAUGGUCGAGACGAGCGACAGCAUUGUGGUGAUGGUGACCAUGACGACGCUGGACGCCGACCUCACCAGCGACGGCAUGUACCCCAAGGCCUCUAGCGUCCUGGGCGAGACCAAGUCCAUAACUGCUGUAAGGAGGAGUCUCAAUUGA